CCCCGGCAGCCCCGACCGGAGAGGAGAGGAGGACAAGACGGAGGAGAGAGCAGCAGAGAAAGGACGCGGAGGGAGGAGAACCGGGACCGGAGCGGGCCGUCCGACUGCUGCAGCCGCAUCUGGGCCUCUGAUUCCGGCUGCGCUGGGACCGAGCACCGGGGUGGGACUGCGGAGACCCCCGAACCGAGCCGAGCCGAGCCGAGCCGCCUGUGUCCGCCCCGCAUGGCUCCGGAUCCGCUGCAAACUUGUCCGUAGAGCCGUGCGGUGUGGUGCGUUCAGGAGCAGGAGGAAGGAGCAGGAGGCUGGAGUAUUCCGCACACACACGGACACUUAAACGCAGCACAGAGGGCACAAAGCCCCCGGACUAGACCCCGUCCCGGAGCCGGAUCCGGACCGGGCCAGGCUGCGGGUGGUCGCCGUGGUGGGAGCGGUGCGUUAGAUGCUGGAGGACCCGGGGCCCGGCCGGACCCCCCCCGCCUCCGACCCGCGGGAACAUGCGGCUCUCCGGGGUCAUUUACGCACUGAUACUGGGAACUGUGUGUGCAGGACUGAGCCAUGGCGAAGCCGACACCAGGGAGUGUUUGUACUACAACGUCAACUUCGAGAUUGAGAAGACCAACCAGAGCGGCGUGGAGCGCUGCGAGGGCGAGACGGACAAACGCUCGCACUGCUACGCCUCCUGGAGGAACACCUCGGGUUCCAUCGAGCUGGUGAAGAAGGGCUGCUGGUUGGACGACUUCAACUGCUACGACCGGCAGGAGUGCGUGGCGACGGAGGAGAGUCCGCAGGUUUUCUUCUGCUGCUGUGAAGGAAACUUCUGCAACGAGCGCUUCACCCACCUGCCGGACGCCACCGGACCUCUGAUCAAAGGCCCGCCCCCCAGCGUCGGCGUGUUAAACGUGUUGGUGUACUGCCUACUUCCUGUCACCAUACUGUUUCUGGCUCUGCUCACGGCCGUCUGGAUGUACCGCCACCGCAAACCGCCAUACGGACACGUGGACAUCAUCGAGGAUCCUGGAGCUCCGCCCUCGUCUCCUCUGCUCGGUCUGAAGCCUCUGCAGUUACUGGAGGUGAAAGCCAGGGGGCGCUUCGGCUGCGUCUGGAAGGCUCAGAUGAUGAAUGAAUGCGUGGCCGUCAAGAUCUUCCCCGUCCAGAACAAAGACUCGUGGGAGAACGAGCGCGCCGUGUUCACCACAUCGGGCAUGAGACACGACAACAUCCUGAGGUACAUCGGAGCCGAGAGACGAGGGAGUCACCUGGAGGCGGAGCUUUGGCUCAUCACAGAGUUCCAUGAAAGGGGCUCUCUGGCAGACUUCCUGAAGGGGAACGCCGUCAGCUGGGUGGAGCUGUGUCACAUCGCCGAGUCGAUGGCGUGCGGUUUGUCCUAUCUCCACGAAGACAUCCCUCCGCGGAAAGGGGAGGGGCCUAAACCGGCCAUUGCCCACCGGGAUUUUAAAAGUAAGAACAUCCUGGUGCGUUCGGACUUCAUGGCGGUGAUCGGCGACUUCGGCCUCGCCGUUCGCUUCGAGCCGGGGAUCCCACCUGGAGAGACUCACGGACAGGUGGGGACGAGGCGUUACAUGGCGCCUGAGGUUUUGGAAGGCGCCAUUAACUUCCAGCGCGACGCCUUCCUCCGUAUCGACAUGUACGCCAUGGGGCUGGUCCUGUGGGAGCUGGUGUCCCGCUGCAAGGCCGCCGACGGUCCGGUGGACGAGUACAUGCUGCCGUUCGAGGAGGAGGUGGGCCAGCACCCGUCUCUGGAGGACCUGCAGGACGUGGUCGUCCACAAGAAGAUGAGGCCGCUCUUCAAAGACACGUGGCUCAAACACAACGGUCUGGCUCAGGUGUGUGAGACGAUCGAGGAGUGUUGGGAUCACGACGCUGAGGCUCGUCUUUCUGCCGGUUGCGUGGAGGAGAGGAUCUCUCAGAUUCGCCGCCUCUUUACCCCGCCUACCUCCGACCUCCACCACGCCCUGCUGGUCUCCACGGUGGCGCCCGUCUCCAUGGUAACCAACGUGGACCUGCCGCCCAAAGAGUCCAGUAUAUGAAGGGGAGAAGGUAGAUCCAGACCCUACAGACACUAGACGUGGUUUUCCUCAAGUUUGUUUACGUCGUUCUGUCGCAAAAAUGGCGAACGACCGUAAAACACGCAAACGCACACACAUCAUGUUUUUCUCAGUGGAAUUUUACUACUUAAAGCAGAAACACGGCGGGAAAGCUGCUACUGUACCUUCUCUGACUUGUGUUUUUUUUAAUGAAUCGGUUUGUUUCGUCGUCUGUCUUCGUCCUCUCGGACACCGACUACCAGCACAUGUCCUCGUUUUCUUUCCUUCUCUUCGUCAUACGUGUCUUUUUUUAACCGCGUGUGCGUGUGUUUUACAAGAAAACGCAGCAAACACGACCAGACACAGGAAAACAGCGACGCAUUCAGGUUCCGACUCAGUGAAUGCUCUUCUAUCUCCAGGUACCUCAGCGAUGACUUUCAUUACGUUCGCAAAUUUUUUACAGUUUUCUGUCGUGUGUUCCUCCAUCCGGACUUAUCCACCUGGGAAACAUUCACCAAGCAGCGGCGCCGCCUACAACCACCAACCACCGGACGUUCGUUUUACUACAAUGCUGCAAAACCUUCGUAGGAACGCCAUGACUGUUACGAACGCUGACUGUUUUGUUUUCUACCUGCUCUUGGACUUUUUUUUUUCUGUUCUCACAUGAAAAACCUUCGGAUCCAACGGGUUUAUCCAAAAUCAGACGGAAGGAAAACAACCAGGAAGUGUUUACUUUGAUUUGUUUCCUUUUCUUUUUUGCUGUUUUUUUUUUUUUUUUUUUUUUUUGUCGAGGUUGAAGACUGAUCGUUUUCCGGAACCAGGAGCGAACGGAGUCUUGCAUGCAGAGAUUCAAUUGGCCGACUCAAGUCGGCGACCGCAGCAGUAGGUCGGUCACAAAAUAAAACUUCUCAGGUAACCAGGUCUACAGGGGUCGGAGAGGUUUAGAGGUUUCCACGGGAUGCGAUGAAGGAGGCGGGGCCAGUGGACGACUCAUCAGAGGGUGCUCAAAGCCGAUUGGCUGUCCUGAACAUGUAACGGUGCCCAAAUAGGGAAGUGUUACCCUAAAAAAAAC